CCAUCAAUUAAAGUUCAAGUAAAAACAAAUAUCAUUAAAGAGGGAUAAUAAUCAUGAAAUUGUUAGAAAAAAUGACAUAUGUAGAAUGCUUUAUGAUAAUAAUGGCGACAUGGUUCAUGUUCAUAAGUUAUGGUCAUGGAGCCGAUGUAGCCGAACCACCGAUGAUUGAUGAUGUAGCCGCUUCACCUGGAACAACCAACGGACUCGAUACUGCUUGGUAUGAUGCACGAGCCACAUAUUAUGGUGAUAUCCAUGGUGUAGGCACUGAACAGGGAGCUUGUGGAUACGGGGAUCCAAACAAACAUGGAUAUGGUGUAGCCACAGCGGCAUUGAGCACGGCGCUAUUCAACAACGGGGCCACAUGCGGGGCUUGUUACGAGAUCAUGUGUGCUCCUAAUCCACAAGGGUGUUUGUCCGGAUCCAUCAAGAUCACAGCAACAAAUUUAUGUCCACCAGAUUCCACUUGGUGCAACCUACCAAAUAAACACUUUGACCUCUCUUUACCAAUGUUCAUCAAGAUCGCCCAAGUCAAAGCCGGGAUUGUCCCAGUUAGAUACAGACGUGUUCCUUGUGCAAAAACCGGUGGUGUCAAGUUUGAAGUUAAAGGAAACCCUAGUUUCCUAACGAUCUUACCAUACAAUGUUGGAGGAGCCGGAGAUAUUAAAGCCGUGUAUGUUAAGGGAAGCAAAACCGAGUGGAUAGCAAUGAGCAGAAACUGGGGACAAAACUGGACCUCCAAUGUUAAUCUAACCGGUCAGAGUGUAUCAUUGAGGGUUACAACGAGUGAUGAGGUUACAAAGGAUUUUACUGAUGUGAUGCCACAAAGUUGGGGAUUUGGGCAGACUUUUGAUGGAAAGACUAACUUUUAAGAAAAAUGAUAUGAAUUUUUUAGUUUUGGCUUACAAGUUAUAACUAAAGAGAGGUGUAUUGGUUGCAAUAAUUAAAAAUAAAUGAAAUAUUGUUUA